AUGCUCGAGCUAGGCCACGGUACCAAUACCGUAGACGUUUUCUGCGGUUGUCGAAUCUACAUCUCAGGAGACAUCUUGAUGGUAGAUGAGCUGCACAAAAUCCCUAAGCGACACACAGGCCAACGAAUUGACCUGAUGCUCGCCCACGGCGGCACACUCAUUCCUUCUCCUUUAGCUGGAAGACUUAUGGAACUGCUAGCGCUGAUGAUCACCAUGGAUGCGGAGCAGGGUCUGCAAUUGAUUCAGCUGAUCCAACCAGACGUGACAAUUCCGAUCCACUAUGACUACAAGGCGUUUGCGAGUCCGAGGAUUUCAGGCGCAUCAUGGCGGGGUUAUUGGACAAGGGUGUGGUUUUGGAUCGUAGGGACCAAUAUUGCCGAGUUAUGA